ACAGCGCCUGCGCAGUGUCCGCCCGUCAGUCUGUAUUCGGAUGACUCGAGACAGCGCAGGGUUGGGUGAACGCGUCCCAUCAUGCAGCGCGCGCGCCAGUCCUCCCUCACUCACACACCCCCGCAGUAGGAGACUCACAUCCAGGGAUUGGACUAAUGGCGGCCGGCAAAUCCGUGCGCUGACACAAAAUCCACAACAGCCGCUCGGGUGCCAGCCUAUUUCGUGGGGGGGCAGGGCGACGUCGCAUCGCUACACGAACGGUAAAGAAGGGAGGGCUGAGGGGAAACAAUCGGCGACUUCUAGCAGGACUUUCCUAUUUUUAAACAUGGAUGAACAGCCCGGCGGAGGAGGAGAAGGAAUGGCCGCCCAGAGACAGCAGCAGCAGCCCGCACCGCAGCAGGGCAACAACAGCAUUAAUCCCCAGAUCGCCUGCUCUGGAGGAGCGCCUAUGGUUCAGCAACAGCAAGACGAGAUGCCCAGGCCCCAGCAGUACACUAUCCCGGGGAUUUUACACUACAUCCAGCACGAAUGGGCCCGUUUCGAGAUGGAAAGGGCGCACUGGGAAGUGGAGAGGGCCGAGCUCCAGGCCCGAAUAGCGUUCCUCCAAGGAGAAAGGAAGGGUCAAGAAAAUUUAAAGAAUGACCUUGUUAGAAGAAUAAAAAUGUUAGAAUAUGCAUUAAAGCAAGAAAGAGCAAAAUUCCAUAAAUUAAAAUAUGGGACAGAACUAAAUCAAGGUGAAAUGAAAAUGCCUAGCUUUGAAUCAGAUACCAAAGAUACAGAGGUCUCGGCUAUACCUCAGAACAGCCAGUUAACGUGGAAACAGGGCAGGCAGCUCCUCAGACAAUAUCUUCAGGAAGUAGGUUAUACGGACACAAUACUGGAUGUCCGGUCGCAGAGAGUGCGGUCGUUACUGGGGCUGUCAGGCUCCGAGCAGAACGGUUCUGUGGAAACCAAGAACCUAGAGCAAAUUCUCAAUGGAGGAGAGUCUCCAGCCAAAAGAAAGGGACACGAUAUGAACAGGAAUCCAGAGGUUCUGGAGACAUUUAAUUUUUUAGAAAAUGCUGACGAUAGUGAUGAAGAGGAAGAUGAUGAGGGUGACAUAAUGGAGGAUGUGCCUGACAGGAGCAAUAAACGUAGAAUAAAGAAACAUAAAAUGAAGGUCGGAAAUGAAGGUUUGGCUUCCGACUUACCGGAUGACCCCGACACAGAGGAGGCACUGAAGGAGUUUGACUUUUUGGUAAAUGCAGAGGGUGGAGAAGGUGCCGGGGAGGCUCGGAGUUCAGGAGACGGCACAGAAUGGGAGGAGGCACUGAAGGAGUUUGACUUUUUGGUAAAUGCAGAGGGUGGAGAAGGUGCCGGGGAGGCUCGGAGUUCAGGAGACGGCACAGAAUGGGGUAAAAUACUGCCAGCCAAUAAGGACGCGUUCAGGAAGACAUGGAAUCCCAAAUAUACCCUGCGAAGCCACUUUGAUGGAGUGCGGGCCCUGGCCUUCCAUCCUGUGGAACCGGUGUUGGUCACAGUCUCGGAAGACCACACCCUCAAACUGUGGAACCUCCAGAAGACGGUUCCAGCCAAAAAAAGUGCCUCUUUUGAUGUGGAGCCCAUAUACACGUUUAGAGGGCAUAUUGGGCCUGUGCUCUCAUUGGCUAUGACCUCGAGUGGCGAGCAGUGUUUUAGUGGUGGAAUUGAUUCAACAAUACAGUGGUGGAACAUCCCCAGCUCUAAUGUAGACCCUUACGACACAUAUGAUCCCAGCGUGUUGGCUGGUACGUUGUUGGGUCACAGUGACGCAGUGUGGGGAUUGGCUUACAGUGGAAUCAAAACCCGGCUGCUCUCCUGUUCAGCUGAUGGGACGAUCAAGCUGUGGAACCCUCAGGAGAAGUCACCGUGUCUCAGCACGUUUAACUCAGAUAGAGAUCAUGGUGUUCCCACAUCAAUUGAUUUCAAUGGGUGUGAUCCAGCUCAUAUGGUGGCAUCCUACAACACGGGAGAUGUCGUUGUUUAUGAUCUAGAGACAUCACAGCCCGUCUUGGUAUUGUCUGCACAGGGAGAGAGCACUAUUCCUUUUGGGAAUCACAUUAAUAAAGUAGUCACCCACCCCACCCUGCCAAUCACAGUCACCGCUCACGAGGAUAGACACAUCAAAUUCUUUGAUAAUAAAUCAGGUCAACCCAUCCAUGCAAUGGUGGCUCACUUGGAUGCUGUUACUAGUCUGGCUAUAGAUCCAAAUGGCAUCUACUUGAUGUCAUGA